CGCCCCGUUCGGUCCGCUACUACCGCGUUCGUUCGUUCGCUCGUACGUUCGUGUAUCCCCGGCCGAGAGAGCUUGUGCAGAGUGCUCGCCAACGUCUGCGAGACCCGCCGUGUCUCGUCACGACACACGGGGGAAUAUACGGCUCGCGCCCUCGUCGCUUGCGAGCCUUACUCCCUUUCCCUUCCGAAAAUCGCGCCCUUCGCGAGGCGCGCGUCCACAUCCUCCGCGUUCUAUCCUCGCCCUGCCUCGCCACCCUUCGCCCUUUUCCAGUUUGGUAGCUAGCCGGCCGGCCGAGAGAAAAAGGGGAUACCCCCGGUCGUCCGGGUGACAGGCGGCGAGCAGGAAGGGCUCAUUCGCGUCGCGGAACCCUGGGAUAUCAAACUCGCCCGCUCGCGUCGGUCGCACGCGUGUCACUCCACGCGCGUAUACCGGUGAAGGAGAGAGAAAGAGAAAGAGAGAGAGAGAGAGAGAGAGAGAGAGAAAACCCGUGUUGUGACGACCGCGCCGCUGGACCAGCGGCCCCGCGAGGAGACGACGAUGUCUAUGCAGCCGAUGUGGCCGACGACAACGACAACGACGAUGAAGACGACGACGACGACGACGACGACGACGGCGACGACGACGACGAUAUACGCUCGGCAUGGCGUGAGGAGCGACGACGGCGACGGGAAAUUGUGUGCGCAGUGAACUUCGCGAGCCCCCGCGUAAUCCCGCUGACACUACUGCGUGCGUGCGUGCGUGCGUGCGUGUCCGUGAAUGCGUGCCGUACGUACGUCCGUGCGUGCACCCGUGCGUGUGCGCUCGUCGGCGGCAAACACCGGGAGACGAUCAGGCGCGUGGUCGUCCGCGUCGCGCGUCCUCGCCUCGACCCCGGCUCGUCGCCGUUGCUCGCGCCGAGACCAACCCCCCCCUUGGUACACCUAAGUGAGGCGUUCAACGUGGCCGAUCCUUGGACAUGGUGAGGGGGCAUGUUGGUGUGUCGGCGGUUGCUGCUGAUCGCAGCCGCGAUCACGGCCUCGAUCGAGGCUGGCUCGGCUAGUUACCACCUCGGCAUUUCGUCGUCGGACUACUCCGGAUACCCGGGCGGAUACGCGGUUUACUCCGGCGCGACGUCACCCGAGUCCUCGCCGUCGUCGAGCUCGUCCACGUCCGGUCCGACAGCGGAGCCCGCAGCCGGCAACACCGAGCCGCUCUGCCGACCGUCCGAGUUCCAAUGUGGCACCACCGGACAUUGCGUCGCGCAGGACAAGUACUGCGACGGCGAGAAUGACUGCGACGACAAGUCUGACGAACCGAGAUAUUGCACCCCUUGCAAUCGGACGUUGUACGGUGACGUCGGGCGGACCUACAGAGUGGAGAUCCGCCGGCCAAGGGAGGAUCGACUGCCAUUCCUAUGUCACCUCAACUUCACUGCCGCCGGAUCCGAUCUCGGGGAUCUAGUUCAGUUAACUUUUGAUACCUUCACGGUCGGCCGCUUUCUAUCCUUUACGUCGGAAGGAUGUCCAGAUGGUUUCAUGACUAUUCGCGAGGAAGGUCGUCCUGCGACGGGAGGACAAUGGUGUGGCAGCGCGUGGGGCUACACCGUCUAUUACAGCGAAACUCCUUCCAUCAAUCUGACUUUGUAUUUACUACGUUUAUCAGAGCAGGGUAUCGGCUACAACUUCGACUUCAAGCUGUCGUACAAGUUCCUGAGAAGAAGCGAGGCGCAUCUCAGAUACGGAAACAGCAGUAUGUCCACAUGGCGUGGCGAGCUGGUGAACGGCACGUACUGCGAUCGCGUCCUCACCAAAUGCGAUACCAGGGCCUGCCGGCUGCAGUCGCCGAAUUAUCCCGGAGUUUACCCCAGGAAUGUCACUUGCUACUAUCGGGUGGAGCAAAACCGCGCGCCGGUGGGUCAUCGGGCUUUACUCGCCGUUAGUCAACGGAACAGUCACAAGAUACACAUUAAGGACCAGGUCGUGAAGUACGACAGAAGUCAACGAGUGCUGAGGGUGUGGGAUCAGUGCAACGUCGUGCAGGAUUACUUAACGGUAUAUGACGGAGGUUCAACCUCAGACCGAGUGCUCGUAAGGCUGUGCGGAGGAGAUGCAGUGCCAGACAUCAUCAGCAGUCACAAUACGAUGUUGUUAGAGUUCCACACGUCCCCGUACGACAAUCCGUUUCAUCCGGUACCACUGUCUUUCCUGCCAGGAUUUGAGCUCGAAGUUCAGGUCAUCUUCGUCGAUGAAAAGUCUCGAAGUUUUGUUAAGGAAAACGACAACUGCGAUUUUUAUAUAUCCGGUGAUGAGAACUCGUCGGGCAUUCUGGAAAAUCCGAAACACUCUUUGCCGCCGAACACAACUUGCCGUUAUCACUUCCAAGGGAAACUCAAUGAAAUCGUUUGGUUAUCGUUCGUUAAAUAUUACGCCGCCAGCGUGGAGGCUGCCGCGAGUAUCGACACUACCGCUGAUUGCAAUGCAAAGCUCCUGAUAUGGGAUGGCGAUAUCACAGUGGACAAACUUACUUCCAGCCGAAAAAACGUCACGCUGAUGGGACAGUUCUGCAAGGACGACAUACCGCGGCUUUGCGACCACAGCCUCCUGCGCAACAGCAGCCGUCACACGCGGCCGUGUAGCCUCGCGGAGAGUUACGUGUCGACCGGCCGCGAUCUCACCCUCGAACACAUAUUGCGCCAGGGUAGCGCGCUAUAUCCGAUAAGCUUCGUGCUGCGCUACGAGUUCGUCCACGAGGCCAUCUCGUGUAACCACGUGUUCGCCUCGGCGCCAUCGGCCUCAUCUACGUCUUCCACAUCGUCCUCAUCCUCUUCCUUUUCCUCCUCCUCCUCCUCCUCCUCCUCUUCCUCCUCGUCGUCUUCGUCUUCUUCCUUGUCGCCCAACGCCGGGAAAUUCGCGUCACCGAAGAACGUGUUCUUCUACGGUCGCGGCGGAGCGCAGAAUCUCAGCUGCGUGUACAGAUUCGAGGCCGAGGCCGAUCACAGGAUAGAGCUGUCCUUCGUCAGGGCCUCCUUCGGUGGCAAGAGCUGCGCGUCUUACGUGGACCCGUUGGUGAAUCGAUGGACCUGCGACCGCCGCAUGGCGGAUGUUAAGAAAUUCGGCAUGGCGGAUAUUGUGGUCGCUGAAUAUCCUUGGAAAGGAGUCGAACUGGUUCGCGAUUGUCUGUGCUCGAACGUGAGCGAGAAAAUCGUCGUGCGAACUCUGACAUCGAACGUGGUGGAGGUCAGGUUUGCUAUCACGCUCAUGAAUGUGACCCAGGAUUACCGAGACUUCUUCUUCGAGGGGGAAUACCGUUUCGUCCCGGUAGGGGCGGAAUCGAACGAGCACGGGUGCUCGUCGAAACUCGAGGAGCGACGAUUGCGCGGCACCAGCGGCGAGAUCUCCCUCAGGAGCCCGCUGCCGCGGAUGAUCUCCGGCUUGGCCGCGGUGGAGGAGAUCCUGACGAACACGGAGGACCUCACGGCUACGCAAUGCGUGAACGAACCGUGGCUGAUCGAGCCCGAGGACGCGCGCAUGAAUUUUCUAUACUUGAGAACCGCCGGCUACGGCAUCACCCUGGACAAUGUCGAGGAGUGCACGACCCUAAACCGAAUCGUCGUCUACUCGGCCGCGAACACGAAGGAGCGCAGCGUGAUCUGCCCGGAGGGCGGUGCCGAUACCACCAGGACCGUCGACUUCUUCUCGGGUGGUUGGAAUUACAGUGCCGUGAACGCGAGCGUGGCGAUGGCGCAGCACUCCCGCAGCUUCGUCGUGGAGUUCCUUCAGCGGGAACCCGGUUUCUACGCCGUCACGUGGAUCGCGAUCUCCAAGCGCUCGCCGGCCGCGCCCAGUGUGGGCGCCAACGCGUUUGCCAUAUUGCCCGCGGAAGAUUGCCCAUACAGAUGUCCGGAGAUCCAAGCGUGCAUCAGCGCUGUCCUAUGGUGCGACGGUGUGCGUCACUGUCCCUCGGGCUUCGACGAGGAGGAGGCCAAUUGCUCGUACCGCUUCGGGGUGACGUUGCUCUACGUCGCGGUGGGCGCCGGUGCCCUCGGUAUAUUCCUGAUCCUCCUGCUGGCGACCGGCUGUCUCAAGUAUUGCCUCUACCGGCACAAGGCGCGCAAGAAGAAGAAGAACGUCGCCCUGAACGUUAAUCAUCUCCACGUGAACCACACCCACCACAACAACGGCUUGACCGGGAGCCGGUUGAGCGGACGCUACAACCUAGCCACGCCCCAGGAAAUGUACCUGGAGAAUUACGGGAAGGACAGUAUUUGUUGACAAUACGCCAUCGCCAAUAUCGAGACCACCGUGUGAAUAGUCAUGAUUUUUAAAUUGCCUACCUCGCUCGGGGCCCCUCUCCCUUCUCCCCCUUCCCGCCCUCCUCAUCCUCCUCCACCAGUUUCCAUCAAUCCCUUGAGUAACGGACCGAAGUGUACGGCAGCCAAACAGCCCCCAUCCCGAAGGCACGCACACACAUGCACACAGAGACUUACAUGCGUUCACACACACACUCACACACACACACACACACACACACUCACACACGUAUACAUACUCUCUCGCAGUAAUCGUACGAAAUCCCGUAGAGUAUAUCCGAAGCGCAUAGAAGCGAGCGCACGAGACGUGCGCGCUCGGUAGCCACCUUGGCUGGUGGCGAAACAUAGGUUCCAGUUCUAUUCCUCUAAUCGAAUCAUAACAAUCGGCUUGUCUUGAAUAAGCGAAUCGCAAUUCGACUCAUUAAAUAGGGGUGUAUGAUAAUCGCCGAGCUUGUCGCGCGCGAGAAUGGACGACGGAGCGACGACGCCUGGAAUGCUUCAGGAAAAGGAGUCGCGACGAGAGGUAGAGGUAUAUACGCACCUCGUACGCUCGUGUAUAUGGCAUUUACGAUAAACACCGCAGUAUCAUGGUAGGUUUAGAUACACACGAUUUAGGAGUAAAAAAGAAGAGAAAGAGAGAGAAAGAGAGAAAUACGCGCGAGUGGACGAAGAGCGCCGAGAUUACGGGCGAUUUACGCGUACGCAAUGCUUCUAAGAGACGUAGAAUACGCUGUUUCCGUUGAGUGCACUUUUCUCAGCCGGUUAUCGAGCGAAAAAUGUCGUAAACGUCUACGAUGCGGGUGCGACGAUAAAAGUAAACGAGAUGGAGGGAGAAAAACAGAAUAGGACGGUGAUGCGAGCGCUAAAGCGCAAGAGAAGCGCGUUUCGGGUAGCUUGAACGUGUGAAUGACGGUGUGACGGAAGGGAUACGCGACGACGGACACGAUGACACCGCGAAUGACGUUCGAAUGAUAUUCGCGGACGUGCCGUGGGGAGUAAAGAUCGGACGUACUCCCCUUGAUCGCGUACGUUCCUAUCUGUAACACAACAUGCAUUCCUGUGAUACGCGAUCCAGGAGAGAUAAAAGAAAAAUUGACAAAGAGUUAGCCACGUGCGAUUGGGGAGGAUUACGCCAUUGAUGUUCACGCAAGAUAUCUAUCUCUCGAAAACUGGACUCAUGCGCUUCACACCCAGUUAGCCUGAUUUUUCUCGUUAGAUCACCCAACUACCGGCCGUAGGCUUGUGGACUACGUUGCCGCGAUGCAUUCUAUGAUUCUAAAUUAGGGUUACUGCGGAUUAAAUAUCAAAAUCGUUACGCAUUUGCAAUCUGACUCCGUGACACUUUGAUCAGGAUGGAUUCAUUACAGUCAGAACUUAUUGGUUUUAAUGAAUGUCAUAAAAAUUCCGCAAUUAGACGUAGACCAAUUCCUAACUUGCAAGAUGCUUUUCCGCAAUCUGUAUUAUCAUAUUGUCUGGCGAAAAUCUGCACUCCUUUUAUAUUGUAAUAAUAUACAAAUUGUUAUUAUCGGUAUUACAUCAGUGACUCCAUCUCAUACAAUUACGAUGCGCUCGAGCAUUACUAUGCAACGAUCGCUGGCCCUCAUUCCAUUCCAUGUCGAUCGUACAAUCAAUCUUUUUACAUUAUUUAUAUCCGUGAUUUUUUACUUUUUUGAACUUUAUAGGUGAUUUAUGAGAAGGACGGCGUGAGAUAAUUCACUUGUAUAAUCUAGGUUCGGUAUCGAUACGCGCGGCUUGAAUGAGACGUAGAUACUCACGUGUAAUUAAUUGGAUGCUGCAGGAGCGUGUACGCUGUAAUCCUGUUAGGCAAAUGAAACGUUAAGCAAAUGGACGCAGUCUCACGCGUUAGCCUAUUAUAGACAUUGUAUGGUAAAGCACGUCUGACGUACGUCUGUAUGCUGUGAUAGAAGUAAGCGUAUCAACAAUCGGGAAUAAAUCUCUCGCGUAAAUUUCACGUUUGCAUGUACGCAGAACCAUCGCCGAAGGUGGAUCCACGAUCCUUCGACGCAAUCUUCUUUGGCAAUCGAUAUCUCAACGCGGUCGAAUAUAUAAUUUCGAGGUAUAAUUUCACUGAUCAAAUAAAAAAAGAUGCAUAAUAGAUAUGUGCAAUUAAAAUUUUUUUUUUAAUUAAUUAAAAUAAACUUAAUGAGCAAAAAAGUAAUGCAAGUCAAAAAAAGAAAACUUUGACUUAUUAUUACAUAAUUCCUAAGAAAACAAUUAGAUUAAGGUGAGACGAAAUUUUACAUAUUUUCCUUUUAAAAAACGUAGAAAAUGAUUACAAUAAGAAGCAACUCGAUUUUACAUCAUGUUUAUAAUCUUUUUUAUAUAUUUUAAUUUAAAAACAUUUCUCCAUUUAAUUCCAUUGUUUCAGCUAAUUGCAGAAUCUCAUAUGAAGACGGUAAUUAAGUUAGAGCUGCACCUAUUAAUUUUUUAUUUUUUCAGUGUUAAUUGCGAUAUUUUAGUAUCGUAUUUUUGCAAACCUACGUGCCACUAGUUUAAAAAAUUCCCGCAGGAACGUCGACCGCGUUAAGAUAUUUUUUCGCCAGUCUCAUGAAUUGUUCCGUGAAUAAUUCACCACCCAAGGACAUUCGCCUACCAACGAAAUACUGCCGCAGUUAUUAUUUAUUCAUAAAGUUUUAUAAGUCUCUUUCUACCCGAAAUACGAAAAAUUGUCCGAGUGUAUAUGACGUUCUGUGCGCUAUGUAAGAGACGGAAUCCGAUAACGAGUAAUGUAUUAGCGAAUAACGUAGCGUGCAUCAGAAGAAACGAAACUGUAUGCACCCGCCCGGGCUCCUCGAUGUGUUAACCGCGCGAUUGCCACAUUAAAGAACAUGUUAAAAAAUUUACUCUAACAUAUCGAAAGUUCGAAAUUAAUUUAAGCGCGCCACCAUCCAUCACUGUCUAUAACAGCGGAAUCACUUUUUUUCUCAUUGGAUGGCCGAAAAUGACUUCCUUUCGAGAAUAAAUUUCCCCCGAUUCUCCCUUUGUAUAAGAUACCGACAAAAAGAGAGAGAGAGAGAGAAAAGAGGAGGAAGCGUUUCACACAUUUUUUAUAUAUAUCCUCAAAUGGGUGGUUUUCUCGCAGUUCACGAUAAAUCUGUCUAUAAAUAAGUAAACGCGCAGGUCCUUCGACGACGGAAACCGACGCAAUAAACAUUGUGCGACGCAUCGUUUUCUAUUCACAAGGGAACGACGAUUUAUAUAUUACUUUCCCGGCGUUCUUCCCAGCACCAAAACGUUGACGGUGAUCCCGGUCUUUAAAAGCAUACCCGAAAAGUCGUUCCUGUCGUCGUCGUCGUAGCCGAGGCGGAUCACCAACGGGUUUAAUUUCUCUGACGGAUAUGAAUCUAAACUGUGGAGCGUGUAGUCAUCAUGGGAUUUAUACGGUACGACUCUCGACUUCCAUGUCGCGCUCAAUCGAGAAUGCGUCCUACGAUUACGAAACUAUAGUACUAUGCAUGUAUGUAAGAACGUACACGAAAAAAAAAAAA